UCUACUUGUCAUUUAAUAAGACAUAUAAUUUAUCAUUUGAUAUAAUGAUAAUUGAAAUAAACGAUAAAGCCGAUUUACAGACUAAGCUAGUUGAAGCAGGGGAGAAAUUAGUUGUUAUAGAUUUCUCUGCUAGUUGGUGCGGUCCUUGUAAAAUGAUUAGCCCGAAAGUUGAAGAACUCUCCUUGGAAUAUACCGAUGUGAUUUUUAUAAAAGUCGACGUUGAUGAUUUUGAAGAUAUAGCAAUGGAAUAUAACGUAUCCUCAAUGCCAACUUUCGUAUUUAUUAAGAACAAUCUUAUUGUUAACAGUUUCAGCGGUGCAAAUUACGAUAAACUGAAAGCUGUUAUUGAAGCUAAUCAUGCUGCUGUUCCUAGCAAGAAAUAAAUUACCGAAAAUAUUUGAAUAUCUACUUAUAUAAUGUGAAAAAUAUAUGUAUUUAAUUAAA